AUGUCAUUGUCUCCUCGUCUAUAUACCCAGGUGUCCCGCCUUCCCAGGGAAUUACUUUCCGCCUGCUCUAUUACUUUAGCUACAAGAAGUUUCAGUGUAUUGCAUCGUCCCGCUCCAAAUUAUCCAGGCCAUGUACCACUUACUUCCAUUGAGCGGGGCGGUUUGGCUGUGGGCUCAGCAGUAAUGGCAUUCUUUAAUCCCUAUCGUGCAGAUUUAAUUGCAGCCUGUGGAGAAGCUACCGCAACACCAUAUUUUAUAUACCGUCUUCGCGAUGCUAUGCUUUCUUCUCCUACCGGUCGACGUAUACUUCGCGAUCGCCCUAGGAUAUCUUCCAAGACUCUUUCUAUGCCACGUCUCCGGGCGCUUCCCCCAAACACUGUAGGCAGGUGCUACGCAGAAUGGUUGGACCGUGAGGGAGUUUCCCCCGAUACACGCGAUUCAGUAAAAUAUAUUGAUGAUGAAGAAUGCGCAUAUGUUAUGCAAAGGUAUCGCGAAUGUCACGACUUCUAUCAUGCUAUAACGGGUUUACCUAUUGUGCGGGAAGGCGAAGUGGCGCUCAAGGCAUUUGAGUUUGCUAAUACUCUGUUACCAAUGACGGGUCUGAGUAUGUUUGCUGUGAUGUCAUUGAAGCCAGCAGAGAGGAGGAGAUUCUUUACAAUAUAUGCGCCUUGGGCGUUUGCAAAUGGGUUGAAAGCAGAGGAAGUUAUUAAUGUUUAUUGGGAGGAGCAGUUGGAAAGGAGCGUGGAAGAAUUGAGAGAAGAGUUAGGCAUUGAAAAGCCUCUUGAUCUUAGAGAUAUCAGACGGACGGAGAAGGAGAGAAAGAAGGCCCAAAAGGCGACUUGA